AUGAUCGUGGUUCUGCAGUUCAUGGCAUUCUGUCUGGCACUGGUGUCUACAGUCUUCCUCAUAGUAGCCACUUGGACCGACUGUUGGAUGGUCAAUGCUGAUGAUGACUGGGAGGUCAGCCAAAAAUGCCGAGGACUGUGGUGGGAGUGCGUGACCAAUACGCAGGAUGGGAUCCGCACUUGUGACCAGUAUGAGACCAUCCUUGCUGAGCACCCACUGAAGAUCGUGUUGACCCGAGCCUUGAUGAUCACCGCUGACAUUCUAGCCAGCUUUGCACUCAUCAUCCUAGUCCUGGGCCUGGAUUUUAUCAAGCUUCUAAAGGAAGAGCCCAACAUCAAGCUGAGAAUAUGUUACUUUGCUGGCUUCAUAUUUGGACUGGGAGGCAUCCCGGGAAUGAUUGGUUCAGUGUGGUAUGCAGUGGAUGUGUACGUAGAGAGAGCCACCCUUGUCCUGAAGAAUGUCUACUUAGGAAUGCACUAUGAGUUUGGCUGGUCUUGUUGGCUGGCAAUGGCUGGGUCAACGGGAUGUUUUCUAAGCUCGAUUGUACUAACAUGCUGCCUGUAUAUUUUCAGGGAUGCUAGAUCCUCUCAGUACCACAGGUCCAUAUAUCAGUAUGGAAGGACAGCGGCAGGGAAAAAAUAUGCCAUGGACUCUCGUGUCUAAGGAAUGGAUGGCAGGAGUGACUUCAGAGGUGAUGCGGAUGAGGAGCAUAGUCACAUUGGACGGAGGACUUGAUGGCCGCCGAGAGGAUUCUUAUUUUGACGUGUUUUAGCGGAGCCUUGUAGACGACUGGCAAAGAGGGAUCAUGGCACCAGCUGACCUGGCUUGAGAGAUUAAGUGUGUCGUUAAAACACAUCAAUGUCUCCUAUAUCUCAGGAUGAACCUGAGACUUUAAAGAUUCAUUUCGUCACUGUUAAAUAUUGUAGUAGGACAUUUAAAUUCACUUACACUGCCGCUUAAAAUACAAAGCAUGGAUUCCUUUAAGCCAUGGAUUUUUUUGGUUGUUUUUCAGUGUUUCUGAACCAAAUAUGUCAUCCAAAAUAGCGCAUGUAGCCCAUUUUAGCAGCGGGAAAAAAAUUGACAAUAUUAUUACCGCAAUAAUUUUGUUAAGCUGAUCUUGGCAGGUGGCCGAGAUUAGAAAUGAUCAUUAAGCUAAAACACAGCCAUACUUGAACGUAUUGUCUGUAUAAAUAAUUGUUAAUAACGUAUAAUUAUUUAAAUAUACAAUUACAAACCUUCAGAAAAGCCUACCAUUAUAUAUUACCUUUGUAUAAAUGCUAUCAAAAGAG